AUGAGCGCCGACGAGGUCGCCAAGGCGUUCAUCCCGCACUACUACAAUCUGUUCGACACGAAUCGCGAGGGCCUCGUGUCGCUGUUCCGCGAGACGUCGUCGCUGACCUUUGAGGGCGACGGGCCGAAAACGGGCGUCGCGCAGAUCAUGGAGAAGCUGCGGGGGCUGCCGCCGGCGCGCGACGGCGCGACGCGAAAGCUCACCAUCGAGUGCCAGCCGUCCGUGAGCCAGAACGCGAUCCUCGUCUUCUGCACGGGCCAGAUCAUGGCGCGUCGCGCCGCGUCCGCUCUCGGGUUCUACAGUGAGGUCUUCCAGCUCGUCGCGUCCGCGCCGGGCCAGUACUACCUCAACAAUGUCAUGUUCCGAUUUAACUACGCGUGA